AUGAGUACUGUGAAGACGUUGCCCAGAGAGGAGUUGUCUACGCUGAGGUCAGAUUGGUGCCUCAGAGACUCCUGGGACAGGACCUGGCCAAGACACUCAGGUAUGAUGAGUCUAGCAUAUGAGUACUGUGAAGACGUGGCCCAGAGAGGAGUUGUCUACGCUGAGGUCAGAUUGGUGCCUCAGAGACUCCUGGGACAGGACCUGGCCAAGACACUUGGGUAUGAUGGUCUGACUGAGGUGGUGAAGCGGGUGUCUCACGGGUUGACCCGGGCAGAGCACGACCUGGGUAUCCGUAGCAGGAUCAUCCUGAUUGCCAUGAACAGUCACCCGGAGUGGAACAUGCAAGACACCCUGAGACUGUGCCAACAUAGCUGGGACCAGGGAGUGGUGGGAUUGGACCUGUGUACCUGGCAGCCUGAGGGCACCAAAGUUGAUGAGGCACCUCUGGUGGAACCUGUACAGGAGUUGAUGGAAGAGGCUCGUAAGAGUGGAGUGUUCCGGACAAUACAUGCUGGGGAAGUCUCCGGACCAACAGCUAUAGAGAGGGCAGCGUACAAACUUCGCAGCAAUCGUGUUGGUCACGGUUAUCAUGUGGUUCAGGACAAUCAGCUGUACUCCAGAUGUCUGAAAGACCAGAUUCACUUUGAGUGUUGCCCAUACUCUAGCUACCUCACUGGAGCAGUCCCAAAAGCCACAAACAAGCAUCCGAUACUCAGGUUUGCUGAGGAUGGUGCAAACUUCUCUAUAUCCUCAGAUGACCCAAUGCUGACAGGAUACUACUUGGAUGGUGACUACGAGCUUGCAAGGAGCUUCGGACUUACGGAUACACAUCUCGCUCAAGCGAAUAUGAAUGCCGCCAAAGCCAGUUUCUUGCCAGAAUCUGAGAAGAGGCAGCUGUUCCAAGAAAUAUGCAAGUCCUACAACUUGGAAGAAAACCUUUCAGAGACGUGACAUAUUUACCAAUCCUUGAUCAUAUAAACUUCUUUAUGGUGCUGAGCACAACGACGCCAAACAAGAAAGAGAAAUAGAUUUUUUCUGUUUUAAGAUGUACAUUCCAUCUCCACGUCACAGUAUUUUACAAAAUGAUGUUUCUUGCAUACUGAAGACAAAUAAAGGAUUUUUGAUUUUAUUUAA